AUGGCAAACCGUGGAUACGAUGUGGUAGUUGAUGUCGAUGCUGAGGUCAGUCGCUCUAUGCGCUUGUUCGUUGUGAGUUCAACAACUGAUUCAGGAGCAACAGNNGGAGAUCUCGGCCAUACCGACCUGCAAGAGGACCUCGAAUUCCACUCGUCCAGCAACAACUCGUUCCUUCCUACCAACAAUGGCAACUCCUCGAGCACAAACAGCAAACACUAUCUCUGGAGCAUCUCCUUCUACGCCCAAUUUUUCGAUGUCGACACUUCCGAAGUUGCUCGCCGCUGCCGUGCUGCUAUCUUCCCUCUCUCAAACUUCCUCGACGUCCUUGAUGGAAACCCUGAUCUCUACGGCCCCUUUUGGAUCGCUACCACCGUAGUCGUUAUCCUCUUUCUGACCGGCACGAUCUCGCAAUAUCUGGCAAAGGAGGGAAAGAAACACUUCAUCUACGAUUUCACUCUGCUCUCUGGCGCUGCAGGUCUAAUUUACGGAUACACUUUCAUCAUCCCCAUUGCGCUGUGGGGUGCCCUGAAGUGGUUUAGAGCAGAGUCUGCCAACUUGCUCGAGUGUGUUUGUCUGUACGGCUAUGCCAACCUGAUCUGGAUCCCAGUCGCUCUGAUUUCUUGGUCGCCAAUUUCAAUUCUGAACUGGGUCUUUGUCGCCAUUGGACUUGCCGCCUCGGGUGUCUUCCUGGUUAGGAAUCUGUACCCUGUGCUGAGUGCCACCGAUGUCAAGACGAGCAAGAUUUUGUUGGUCGUCGUUGUGGCUUUGCACUUUGGUCUCGCUCUUGCCAUCAAGAUUUUGUUCUUUGCCCAUGGUAGUCCCGCUAAGAAGGACAAGGGAAACAAGGACGAUGAUGAUAAGAUGAUGCGCUUUGUCUUCGGAUUGUAG